CCUCCGCCCUACGCGAGCCGGUGUUGUUCCUCCCCCGCCGCCUCCUGAGGGGCCGGCGGGACCUGGGCCGGGGUCCGCGGGGUGCGGGCAGCCCUUCCCGCCGGGGCCGGUCGUGCCUGCCCGGGAGCCGCGGCCUGCGGGGGAGAAGCCCCGUUUUCAAAGGUCGUAUUGAUCAUGGACAGUGAAGAAAUCCCAACUUUUUCGAGUCCAAAGGAGGAAACUGCAUAUUGGAAAGAGCUUUCCUUGAAAUACAAACAAAGCUUCCAGGAAGCUCGCGAAGAGCUGGCUGAAUUUCAGGAGGGAAGCAGAGAAUUAGAAGCUGAGUUGGAGGCACAGUUAGUGCAAGCUGAGCAGAGGAAUAGAGAUUUGCAAGCAGAUAACCAAAGGCUGAAGUAUGAAGUAGAAACAUUAAAGGAGAAACUGGAGCACCAGUAUGCACAAAGUUACAAGCAAGUGUCGUUGUUAGAGGAUGACCUGAGCCAGACGCGGGCCGUUAAAGAUCAGCUGCAUAAGUACGUGAGGGAGCUGGAACAGGCCAACGACGACUUGGAACGUGCAAAGAGGGCAACAAUAGUUUCAUUGGAAGACUUUGAACAAAGGCUGAACCAGGCUAUUGAGAGAAAUGCCUUUUUAGAAAGUGAACUGGAUGACAAGGAAUCGUUGCUAGUUUCUGUACAGAGAUUAAAGGAUGAAGCGAGAGACUUACGGCAAGAGCUAGCCGUACGGGAGAGGCAACAAGAAGUGACCCGAAAGUCAGCGCCCAGUUCUCCGACUCUAGACUGCGAGAAGAUGGAUUCGGCUGUCCAGGCAUCUCUCUCCUUGCCAGCUACGCCCGUUGGAAAAGGAUCAGAGAAUAGUUUUCCUUCCCCAAAAGCUAUACCAAAUGGAUUUGGUACCAGCCCCCUUACUCCUUCAGCUAGAAUAUCUGCACUCAACAUUGUGGGAGAUCUGUUACGGAAAGUGGGGGCCUUAGAAUCCAAAUUAGCUGCUUGCAGAAAUUUUGCAAAGGACCAGGCAUCACGGAAAUCCUACAUUUCAGGGAAUGUUAACAGUGGCAUAAUGAACAGCAAUGGCACAAAAUACCCUCAUCCGGCGCAUACUUCUUUCUUUGACAAAGGGCGUGAAAAGGUCAUAUUCCCCACCUUGGUCAUGGCAAUGACAGGGCAGAGAGAGCAGUUGGAAACGGGCAUGAAAUCCACGCCGCUGCAGGAACAGGCAGGCAGAAACGUCCAUCAGAAACCGCUGCAGGGGACGUUUCCAGCAGGAACUGGUGCUUUUUGGCUCCCUUUGAAGCACCGGAGCCCAAUUUCUCAGGAAGCCCAAAGCAAGGGCACAGCGCAGGCUCCGCAGAGGACAUCGGGUCUGAGGGACGGGGAAACCAGGCAGAAGCAGGAGGCAAGUGAGCUGGCUGGGAUUAAUUACUGCGGGCAGGUUUCCGGGCCGUUGGGCAGUGUCAGCUCCGUGCAGCAGCCCCGCACGCGUGCUGGGCCUGGCCAGAGAGGCUGGAGGCUGGAGCAAUGCGUGUGCUCCUCCCGGUGCUGUCUGAGACCUUGGGGACCGCGCACAAGGACUUCUCUUCCCGGCUUGCUCCUGGGAGGGCAGGCAGGAGUCAUCCAGCGCAUUUUGUUUGCUAUUUUUUACAGUUGCUCUGUUUAAUGUAAUUUAUUUUCCUUUCACUUUGUUUCUAACUGCAGUGAUGCUGAUUUCUUUCC